AUGGAACUGCUGAGCGCCCCGGCGGGCAGGUUCCCAGCGGCGAGCUUCCGCCGGAGACGUGCCGGCCGCAGCGCGUUCCGCUGCGCCAUCGCGGAGCCGUCGGGUGUGCCGGCGCCGCUAGGGCAGAAGACGCAGUACAGAGACGGCUGGUUCGCGAAGGUGUUCAUGGGCCUGUUCGCCCGCAAGAUGGAGAAGUUCGCUUCCGGUGGCAUAACGACCAGCAAGGGGAUUGGGGACUGGGACUACGAGAGCUUCGUCGACGUCUCCCGGAGGGUGAUGAUGGGGAGGUCGAGAAAGCAGCAGCAGGAGGCGGUACGGGAGGUGCUCCUCUCCAUGCUUCCCCCGGGGGCCCCCGCUCAGGUUCGUCGUCUUCCUCCUCGCCGGAAUAUCAUCGGCGGCGCUCCUCUGACUCCGCCGCCUGCUUGAUUAAUCGUAUCUCCGGUUCAGUGCAGUUCAGGAAGUUGUUCCCUCCGACGAGAUGGGCGGCCGAGUUCAAUGCGGCCCUCACAGUGCCCUUCUUCUACUGGUUGGUCGGCCCAUCUGAGGUAUCCCCCUAAUCUUCUACUGCCUGGUUCUGCCCAUCUGUUUCUUCCAUGGGCUUCUUCUUUUGGACUGGAACUUUAGCUGCGAGAAUAAGAAUGUGGGUUCUUCCUGGUUACAUCAUUUCCAUCCCCUCAUAAUGUUCUUGGGGCGCGUUGACUUGGUGUUUGCUAGCCCUUCCGAUUCCCUGCCAUUUUAACCAGGAAAUAUGGUGAUGAGGCUACUUUUAUCUACUCCAUUUCUUGCUCUGAAUGGUGAGCAGGAAGAAACAAGAAUUGCGGAUGUAGAGUCUGAUUUUCAGAUUAAAACGACCAAUUGAUGGUAAAUGGUAGGAUUCGACAGGGGAAGAACAACUGUUUUGAAGGCGCCUGGGCUGCUCGACCCAGGUUGCCAAAAGGGGGAAACUUGAUAAACUUUAUUAGCUUGCGCAAGAACAUCAGGGUCUAGAUUUCGCCAUAUAUCUGAUGUAAAUUCUGAAGGCAUCCUUUCUCGUCUGAUCCUCUUGAAGCAAUACCUCCUGAUUAUCGAUAUGGGCGUCCAGAUUUGCUGAGUAAUUGAUGUUCUCAGGUGGUGGAAGUGGAGGUAGACGGGGUCAAGCAGAAAAGCGGAGUCCACAUAAAGAAGUGCAGGUGGGUUGCUCUCUACUUCCUAAUUUUGGCAAAAAAAUAAAAAUAAAAUUAUUUCGGAGUGCAUCAGACCAGAAAGGAAAACAGGGUUGACCCUGAAGCCCAAAGCCCCUUCUUGUCACUUCACCAACCCCUCACCUUCUUGGGUUUUAUUUGUCAACGCAGGUACCUGGAAAACAGUGGCUGCGUCGGGAUGUGCGUGAACAUGUGCAAGAUUCCCACUCAGGACUUCUUCACCAACGAGUGCGGCCUCCCGCUGACUAUGAUCCCAAGUAAGCCGCCGUCCUUGGCCAGAACUUACUUCUCGGAUACAUAUAUGUAGAUAACUCGGCGGAGUGUGGGGAGAAUCGGACGCCUUCACUGGCGCAGAAAUGAAGCUCCUUUCUGCAUCUGGUCAGAGAAACAACACAGUGGGACAGAUUAAUGAAAAAUAAGGGAUUAAUAAUUAUUUAUUUAUUUAAUUAAUCUUUUGGAGCACUUGGGUUCAAUUGCUUCGAGUUCGGGAGCCGUAAAUGGAUCUCCUUUUCUGCAGAUUUUGAAGACAUGAGCUGCGAUAUGGUGUAUGGCCAGACCCCGCCGCCUCUCGAAGAGGAUCCCGCGGCGAACCAGCCCUGCUACUCGAGCCUCUGUAAGUUGGAUAAAAAGCCCGGUUUUUCUUCUUGACCCAUCUCACGAAUUGCUCUCUUCUGACCGAAGAAGCUCGUCCUGCAGGUUCUGUGGCUAAUCCGAACUCCCCGGUCUGCCCGAAGCUGCAGAGCUGA